AUGAAGCAGAGCCUUGCAGGGACAUUGGAUCUGUUCCAUUUCACUACAUUGCUGAAUCUCACCACUUUCAGCCUCAACGGGAAUUAUCUCAACGGUUCUGUACCAGCUGCUCUUGGCAACCUCACAAGCCUCACUCUCUUGGACCUCUCCGACAAUCAGUUUACCGGCGCCAUUCCACCAGAGAUUGGGCGCUUGACAGAGCUUCGAUACCUGAGCCUCUCCAUGAACCAGAUGGUUGGAGAAAUCCCAUAUCAGAUUGGCAAUAUGAAGAAGGUGCGCUUCUUGGAUUUGGGCUUCAAUUACUUUGAAACUCCUGACUGGUCUCGAAUUCCCACUUUCCCUUUCCUAACUCACCUUAAUCUUGGUUGGAAUGAACUCAACUUGGAAUUCCCACACUUCAUAACCACAUGCCUCAACCUUACUUUUCUUGAUUUGUAUGGAAACAACUUCACAGGCCAAAUUCCUGAAUCAUUGUUCACCAAUUUGGACAAACUUGAAUAUCUUGACCUCAGCAGCAAUGGUUUUCAAGGCCCCCUGUCAACAAAUAUCCCUAACCUCUCCAUGUUGAAGGAUCUUUGCCUCGGCAACAACUUCUCUGGCAACAUUUUUGAUACAGUAAGCCAUAUUCCAAGCCUGCAAAAUCUAGAGCUGUACAAUAAUUCGUUUAUAGGAGAAAUCCCUCCUUCUAUAGGCCUACUCACAAAUAUCCGAAGACUAGAUCUUCGAAUGAACAGAUUUAAUUCCUCCAUUCCCCGAGAGCUCGGCCUGUGUAACAAGCUGACCGACUUAGAUUUAUCCUGUAAUUCACUCUCAGGGCCAUUGCCACCAUCCUUAUCAAAUCUGGGCAAUUUAUCUGAGUUGAGACUAUCUGAGAAUAGCCUGACUGGUGUAAUAUUGCCCUCUUUCUUCACGAGUUGGAGACAACUAAUCUGGCUACACAUUCAAGACAAUGAAUUCAGUGGGGAACUUCCAUCAGAAAUAGGCUUGCUCACAAACCUUAUGUAUCUGGAUAUCUGUAAUAACUCGUUUUCAGGCAGCAUCCCACCAGAGAUAGGAAACCUACAAAAUUUGGAUGAGCUGGACCUUUCAACCAAUAACUUUUCAGGUUCUGAUAUUUCUCUCUUCAAAUCUCUCUGA